CCGGGGCACUGGGACUGCAUCACGUGGUCGUGGAAACAGAUGCCACUGUACGUGCCUUGAGUUACUCAAUUGGCACUGUGCUUAUUGCAACCCCACUGGAUUUUCAUUGUAAUCUGUGGGCAAUCUAAUGCGUGUGUACAUAUGUACAUGUAAUUGUAAUCUGUGGCUAAUCUAACGCAUCGGAGAGGCAAACGGGAGGCGAAGGAGGUGGGGAGGUGUCUUGUCAAUCGGGAGAAUACGAUUGCAGUGCGGCAAACAGCAACAACAACAAUAAUAAUAAACCCCCGGAACGUGGAGGAAGAGGCGAGUCAAAGCGGCCUCGGCAAGACAUCAGCGGGCAGUGCGGAACGUCGGGACCACUCCCUCCCUCCUCCAUCUCCGCCUCUCUCCAUCAUCAUCAUCAUCCUCCUCCCUCCUUGAACGCGCCAUGCACAGCAGUCUGCUGACUCGGACUUUGGCCAGGAGGAUCACGGCAACCACGAGGGCAGCAGCAGCAGCGAGGGCAGCAGCAGCAGCAACAAUGACGACGCGGGCGGCAGCGGUGGUGCAGGGUGCCGUGGGGGGCCGCCACUUCGACCUGCUGGUGCUGGGAGGGGGCUCUGGGGGGCUGGCGGCUGCGAGGCGCGCGGCCGAGAUGGGCGCCAGCGCGUGCCUGGUGGAGAGCGGCAGGCUGGGGGGCACUUGUGUGAAUGUGGGCUGCGUUCCAAAGAAGGUGAUGUACAACGCUGCUAUGCACGCCGAGCUCAUCCACGACCACGCCGACUACGGCUUCACCGUCGGCUCCGUCGACUUCAGCUGGAGGACCAUCAAGGAUAAGCGGGACGCCUACAUCAAGAGGCUGAACGACAUCUAUCAGCGAAACCUGGACAACUCCAAGGUGGAGGUGGUGCGCGGGCGAGGGGUGCUCACGCUGGAGCAGGGCCAGCCGGCCGUGGCGGUGGACGGCCAGGUCUACACAGCGCCGCACAUCGUCAUCGCCACGGGCGGGCACCCCAGCAUGCCGCCCGACGGCAGCAUACCCGGAGCCAGUCUGGGAAUGACGAGCGAUGGCUUCUUUGAGCUGGAGGAGCUGCCCAACCGCGUGGUGCUGGUCGGUGCUGGUUACAUCGCCGUGGAAUUGGCCGGCAUCUUCGCGGCACUGGGAGCUCAAACGUCACUGCUCAUCCGGCAAAACGAGGUCCUGCGUAACUUCGACGCGAUGAUCAGCGCGAACUGCACGCAGGAGCUGAUCAACUCGGGCGUGGACGUGCGAAAGUACACGCAGGUGCGCUCUGUUAGCCGCGGCUCCCCGGGAGGGCCCCUGCAGGUCGCCGUGGCGACGAACGGGCCGGGCGAGGCGGAACAGACGGAGGUGAUGGUGGGCGUGGAGGCGUUGAUCUGGGCCGUGGGCCGCGCGCCCAACACCGCCGACCUGGGGCUUGACAAAGUGGGGGUCGAAACUGACGGGCAGGGCCACGUCACGGUGGACGAGUUCCAGAACACGAGCCGCGCCGGCGUGUACGCGCUGGGCGACGUGUGCGGGCGAGCGCUGCUCACCCCCGUCGCCAUCAUGGCCGGCAGGAAGCUGGCGGCGCGGCUGUUCGGCGGCGACGCCGGCGCCAGGAUGCACUACGAGGACAUCCCCUCGGUGGUGUUCGCCCACCCGCCCAUCGGCGCCGUGGGCCUCACGCAGCGCGAGGCCGAAGGGCGGUUCGGACGCGGCGCGGUGCGCGCGUACACGGCCACGUUCGCGCCCAUGUACCACGCGGUGACGGCGCGCAAGGGGAAGUGCGUCAUGAAGAUGGUGUGCGCGCACGACGACGAGCGGGUGGUGGGGAUACACAUGCAGGGCGCCGGCUGCGACGAGAUGCUGCAGGGCUUCGCCGUGGCCCUCCGCUGCGGCGCCACCAAAGCCGACUUCGACCGCACGGUCGCCAUCCACCCCACCUCCUCCGAGGAGCUCGUCACCAUGCGCUAGGCACGCUCCGCGGAGCUCCGCGACGGGGAUGCCGCUCUGCCGCACACCUCCGCGAUGGCACCGUCCCACCGUGGAGCUCCUCUGCGGAGGCGGUGGUUCUGCCGUGGAGCUCCACAAUGGGGAUGCGCUGCAACGCGGAGCUCCGCGAUGGGGACGCCGCUUCACCGCUGGGCUCCGCGACGGGGACGCUGUUCCGACGCGGAGCUCCGCGAUGGGGGCGGGGGUGGAGACACUCCGCCCUGACGUUGAGCUAAGCGACGGGGACAGUUCUGACGCGGAAUUCCACGACGGGGCAUCUUGGCCGACGGCAUAAUUGAAAUACCUGAAGCGAUAUAUUUCGUAUAAUGUUUAGUUUAUAGUGGUUACCGUGGCGCAUUAAUGGAAAUGUAACUCGAAAUGAUGUCACAUGCCUCCAUGUAAAUGGCUCCUAUACCUUGUGGCCUACGUACUUGGGCUGUGUGUCCCAUGCUGCCCAUCAUCGCGAGCUUCAAGUUCGGUAAAAUAAGAAACGAAGAAGACUUUAAAACGUCUGUCUGGGGCUCCCACCGUCACCGCGCUGCCGGGGGCCAUCGCCGCGCGGGUUCGGCGCGUCGCGACGCGUCGUCGCUUCACCGACUGAUCCUCGUUUCUCGCGCUCGUGAGACCCAUCUUUGACGGCUCGUGCGAACUCUUUGUAAACGGACGCUCGGACAACACCCGGUAUCGGUGCUUUGGCGAAGACGAGACGCAACGUAACCGAUUCUCGGACUUAAUGACUACCCGGAAGAUCGUGACGUUACCCGAGCGGCCGGAGUGGCUCGCGAAAUCGUCGAUGGAAAGUCUCGCGACGGCGCCGCGUUCGAGGAAUUUCCACGUCGUCUGGGUGCGGCCACGAUGGCUGUGGGGCUGCAACUUUUUUUUCUCUAACGCUUUCCAACUUAAGGUUCGAAGCUUGAGAGGGUGGCAUCCUCCUCGUCCUCCAGCCGCAAUUCGCCAUCGUGUCAGCACGUGGCCCAGCUUCGCUACGCGGGCCGUCCUGGUAUCUGCGAUUUUAUUUUUUUUGCCCGUUACCCGCAGACCACCCUUCCCCUCUAGCCCCACCCCGGGUAGAAAUCGUCCCCCGUGCUCAAAAAUGUUUGACACACCUACUGUUUGUGUGUGUGUGUGAACAAGAGUGUCACUCACUCCAAGGAGCGAUCUCGGAUGUAGCCCUGUGAUAUCCGCGGGAGAUCCUACGCGGAUGGCCGACGCCGCAGUUUCGCUUUCGUGGAGAGAAAGCGACCGCUCGUCUCCUGACGAGCGCAGGGCGAUAGCGCCGACCGGUGUUGCCCUGCGCCGUGUUUUGGAAGCACACGUUGGAACUUGUUGUCUGAAACCACAUCGGGAAUGCUGCUGCUGCUGCUGCUCUCCAAACCUUUGGCUGUCGGGUGUAAAAAAAAAAA